GCAAAUUUUAUCUUUUACUUUUAUCAAUGCUUCCCCUAUUUAUUUAGCUUUAACUCAGGCCGUGCAACGCACGGGUUCGAGUCUAGUAGUUCUCAAGGAAGGGAGUAAUUACUCUUGGGAAUAUGAAGUGGCCCAGCGCUGGUAAUUUCACUUUAUUGUAGUGUCCCUCCCUCUUCUCUUCAAAUGCAAACGUAGCUUUGAUCGCAAGUGACCGAAGGACUUAUACAUACAUAUAUACUCCGUAUAUACCACUCCUCUUCCCAAUUAACUUCGACUCAACCCAUAAUGGCAAUCAUCCCUCAUUCCGACGCCGGCUUUCGUCAAUUCUCAGACGUGGUCGCCGCCGCCGGCAACAACGACAAUAUCCACCACCACCACCACUACCACCACUACGAGCGCAACAACCCCCGCCCCCUCGGCGAAGACGGCACUACGUCGUCCGAUACGAAGCAAACUUACCGCGUCUACUGCAAGGCAGACGCGGGCUUCUACUUGGCGGCGGACGGCGCGGUCUUCCUCGCACCCAACGACCCGUCCGACCCGCGGCAGCGCUGGGUCAAGGAAGACCGGCGCAGCGCCCUCGUCACGGACAAGGACGGGUUCCCCAGCUUCGUCCUGGUCAACAAGGCCACCGGGCAGGCGAUCAAGCACCCGGACGCCGCCAGGAAGCCGGUGAAGCUGGUUCCCUACGACGACGACGGCGGAGAAGGGGGUGGUCCCGACGGAUGGCUGCUGUGGACGGCGGGGGACGUGGCGGGGGACGACGGGUGCAAGGCCAUCCGCGCGCAGAACAACACUUCGCUGUGCAUGGACGCCCUGAAGGGGACAAAGAAGCUCGGCGGCGUGCGAGAGGGGACGGUGGUCGGAAUGUGGGAACCAACGUUGGAUCCUUCUUCCCCAUUCAUCUUCUUGAAUUAAUUAAAUCUUAAUUAUCACUCAUUCCGUACGUUGUUUCGUUUUGUUUGCUUGUUUUGCACUUUUGCCAUCCCAUAAAAAUCUUUUUGAAAUGUUGGGGAAAUAAGCAGCUCCCAAAAUAAUUACGGAGUACGCCU